GUCAUUGACAUCCCGUGGACCGGGGAAGUCACCUCUUGCACAGGUUCACCCUGUUAGGGCGAACAACUUCACCAUUAAUCUGUGCAACUGCCAGGGUUAUACCAAAAUAACCGUUCAAAAUGUUCUGCCAUGUUACGCGGUCUGAUUCGGUUGUUAUGGAGGUGGAGGUCGAUCCGAAGGCAAAUGGAGAGGACUGCUUGAAUAAGGUUUGUGAAAAGUUGGGAAUCAUUGAAGUGGAUUACUUUGGACUUCAGUUCACUGGCAACGGUGGGGAGAGUUUGUGGCUGAAUCUAAGAAACCGAAUCUCCCAGCAGAUGGACAACGUGUCCCCGUGCCGACUGAAACUGAGAGUGAAGUUCUUUGUGGAGCCUCAUCUCAUCCUUCAGGAACAAACAAGGCAUCUCUUCCUGUUGCAUGUGAAAGAAGAGCUGCAGAGAGGCAGCCUGCGUCUGGACGCUGAGCAGGCCUCUGAGCUCUGCGCCUUACUGGCACAGGCGGAGCUGGGGGACUACAACAAGAACGCCGCCAAGUAUUGCUACACCCACCUGUACAGACAAGAACCCAACCCUGCCACCAUCAACAGCAUUAUUUCAAAGCACAAAGAGCUGGAGGGGAUGGGUCGGCCCUCGGCGGAAUACCGGGCCCUGCAGCUGGUGUCGACCGUGGAGAACUACGGCGUGGAGUGGCACUGGGCCAAGGACCACGAGGGCCAGAACCUGGCCAUAGGAGUGGGCCCAGAGGGAGUGGCAGUCUGCAGGGAGGACUUCACACUCAUCAACAGGAUCAUUUACCCAGUCUUUCAGAUGGCCACGCACUCGGGGAAAAACGUUAACCUGACGGUCACCAAGGACACCGGCGACAGCGUUGUCCUCGACUUCAAGCUGGUGAGCUCCAAAGCGGCCAAGGGCCUGUACCGAGCCAUCACAGAGAUCCACGCCUUCUACAGAUGCGACACGGUGACCAGUGCGGUGAUGAUGCAGUACAGCCGUGACUUCAAGGGCCACCUGGCCUCCCUCUUCCUCAACGAGAACAUCGACCUGGGCAAGAAGUACGUCUUCGACAUCCAGCGCACCUCCAAGGAGGUGUACGACCACACGCGGCGAGCCCUCUUCAGCGCCGGGGCGGUGUCCGGUGGCGUCAUCCCGGCCGGUCGCUGUCCCCCCUCGCUGUCCCCCCUGCACAUCCUAGGGGAGGACGGGGACGAGGACGGCUCGUGCAAGAGCUGCAGGGAGAAGCACCUCCUGGAGGAGAAGCUUCAGCGGCUGCAGGAGGCGCUGCUGUGUGCCCUGUGCUGCGAGGAGGAGAUCAACGCCGCCUUCUGCCCCUGCGGACACGCUGUCUGCUGCCAGGGCUGUGCCGCUCAACUUCAGUGCUGCCCAGUGUGUCGCUCAGAAGUGGACCACAUCCAACACGUCUACCUUCCCACAUGCGCCAGCUUGCUGAACUUGGCAGUGCCAAGCAAACCCACCUACAGCAUAACCAGGGCACUGCCCCAACACCGAGGAGCGGAGAUCGACUACACAGACAGUGAAAAGAUCUGCUAAUCACAGAGGGUGGUGCUGGUCACCCCCCCCACACACACACACACAUGCACACACACACACUUCCCCGUCCCCUUGUUUCAGUUUAGCACUAUCUACAGUUAGUGUUCAAUAGAGACAGCCAUCAAAGAGAUUCUGUUUUAUUUAUUCAUUUAAGCUGUCAGUCUGCAGUGCCUUUCUUCUCCUGGACAUGCCAUCAGUGGAUCUGAUGGACUUCAAUAAUGCAGUGCCUUUAUGCCAUGUUGGCUUUUUGUAAAAGUGUACAUGAAAGAAAUGAGGGAAAAAAAGUCUUUAAAAAGGGAAAGUCUUAAAAGGACUCCGUCAACACUCCGAGUCAAAGAGAUCCUUUUGAUGGUAUGCGCAAGCCUUUGGGUGUUUUUGAAAGCUGAAAGUAUAAUGCACCAUAUAAUCUUGUAGCAUUUCCUUCUUCCUACCUUAUACCAUACCAUAGACAUGGGUUCUUACAUGACCAUGAAAUCCAGUGGAGCCUCUGUUUUUCUCAGAAAUGUAUUAUUACCUCCAAAUACCUCUGAACGAUGAGAAAGCUUACCUUUGACUGUGUCAAUAUUUUUGGUCGGCUUGGGAAUUUUUCACAUUGGCCAGGUUAUUAAACCAUUUUCUUGGAACACUU